UUACAUCUUGUUUCUCAACAACCUGCAGGAGUGCUAUCUUGUUUAUAUUCUUACAGAGAUGUCUGGAAGUACAUCUAUGGUUUUCACUCGUACAUGUGAACAAACCCGGCUUCUCGCUUUGAUUCUUAGAAAUCUUGGAUUAAGAGCAAUCCCUAUUAGUGGUCAAAUGAGCCAGGCGAAGAGACUUGGAGCAUUAAACAAGUUCAAGGCUGGAGAAUGUAACAUUCUGAUUUGUACUGAUGUAGCAAGUAGGGGGCUUGAUAUUGCUUCUGUGGAUGUGGUUAUCAAUUAUGAUAUUCCCACCAAUUCCAAGGAUUAUAUUCAACGUGUAGGUAGAACUGCUCGUGCUGGACGAUCUGGGGUUGCAAUCUCAUUGGUAAAUCAGUAUGAGUUGGAGUGGUAUCUUCAAAUAGAGAAGCUUAUUGGCAAAAAACUUCCAGAGUUUCCUGCUGAAGAAGAGGAAGUUUUGUUACUGCUAGAACGCGUGUCAGAAGCCAAAAGGAUUUCACAGGUGAGAACCAAAGAAACUGGAGGAGGCAAGAAGAAAGGACGAGCUGAUGAUGAAGAAACAGAGAAAUUUUUAACUUCGAAGAAUGGGAAGUCAUACAAGAAGUCAAAGAAACAGCGAUGGUUGAGCGAAGAUCUUCUUCUGCAAUUUUGGUAGAUUUCAAAUUGCAUUUGUACCAUUUUUGAAUUAUAUAUUAACUAUGAGAAACAAUUCAAAUUAUCUUUGUUGUUUGCAUUUUUGAGUUACUAGUGAAGGUUCUUCAAUAUUAUGAUUAAACAUCUAUCCAACUA